AUGACGGCGGGCGACUUCUUCGACCGUGCACCAUCCACCAAUAGUUGCUUGAUGUCUGCAAGUCAAAAAAAGUCUUCUGGUUCUUUGAAUGUUGGUAAUGGCAAAAAACUUGAUACAUUUACUUGUUUUCCGCGUCUCACUGCAGAAUUGCGCUUGAAAAUCUGGAGAACUAUGGCCUUUAUGUCUCAUGUUGUUGCCUUGCAAGAAGAGUUUGUUUUAGAUUCAAACGGCGAGGAAAAAUUAUAUCUACGAACGAUAAACACGGUUGCCAGUGUGCUGCAAAUUAAUCAUGAAUCUCGUACAGAGGCUUUGAAAUAUUACAGGCAUUCUUUUGGAGCCCAAAAAUACUUUCAUACAAUACAAGGAACUUACAAUAAAAAAGAUCCUACUAUUGGUGAGCUCCUCAUCCAUGCAAAUCUCCGAGCAGACACGAUCUAUUAUGACAGAUGGUAUAUUAUGCGGAGUUCCAGAACGGGUGGAACUUACAGUUUCAUGUCUGCCAUUGGAAACAUGAGAGAUAUCUUUAAGCCUGCGCACAGCAUUGCUUUUGAUGCAACUGAUGCGAACUCGUGGGAACGCUUUGCAUUUAUCUACGAUUUGAUUAGGGAAUGUGACGCCAUCGAAGAAGUCCUAUUCGUCGUUAGAAUCAACCGUGGUCCGACAGAAUGCACAUCUUAUGAGCACUGGGAAUUGAUGGAACUAAACAAAGACGAAAAUCGUGUCUGCUAUGAGAGAUGUUUAGGAGAGUUCAUCGAACUUUGCGACGCGGCAGAUAUCCGAUACCAAAAGCUCCAUCGUGACGAAGGUGCGAGCAAGGCUAAAAUAGGACGUCUUGGAGGUCCAAGAGUCAGAAUCGUUGGAUUGACGACAAACGGUGUACGAAUUUGA